AGAAGAAAGCAGCAUAUUUCUUAGAGACUCUUCAUAUGCAAGUGUGUCAGUGCUGAUCUCUAAACUUCAUCAACUGUGAAAAUAAUGACUCUUCAUGAUAAUAUGGACUCAGAGGAAGAUGAGAAUGAUUCUGCAUUGGAUUCAUCAACCAGCUAUGCAACACAUGAAAUAUUGUAUGAAAAUGUGCCAAACGUAGAGGAAACCAAUUUAACUGAAUCAACAAAUGAACAUGAGGAAUUGCGCAUCAUGUUACUUGGUGCGAGAGGGUCUGGAAAAAGCUCCACCGGAAACACCAUCCUCAGGUGCAAUGCUUUUAAAUCAGACAUGCAGCUGAGCAGAGUCACACAGUUCUGUGAAAGAGCAUCUGGGAACAUCAACGGCCGGACCGUGGCCAUAAUCGACACGCCGGGUCUGAACAGGAUCAGCCAUACGGAGAGGGAAGUGACCCGAGAGAUCCUAAAGUCCAUCUCUCUGUAUACUCCAGGACCACACGUGUUUCUGCUGGUUAUGCCUGUUGGGAACUUAACUAAUGAUGACAAAAGCAUGCAUAAACUCAUCGAGAGCAUGUUUGGGGAGAGUAUCUGGAAGUACACCAUCAUCGUGUUCACUCACGGAGAUCGUUUGGAGGGAAAGGCGCCAAAUGACGUCAUCGCGUGCUCAGACAAGGAGCUCCGCAGUUUCAUCCAUAAGUGCAGCGGUGGGUUCCUGUUCUUCAAUAACAAAGACACGACAAACUAUGAGCCCGUGACAGAACUCUUGAAGAAAGUCGAGACCCUCGUGGCCAUCAAUGGAAAGAGCUGCUACGUGUUGUCUUUUUAUCCGGCCUCAGAGAGGAAGAUCAGGAAGAAAAUGGAGAAGAUUUUAGAGAAGAGAAAGGAGAACAUUGCACAGAAGGAGAGAGAGCUGGUGAUAUACGGCAGAACUGAGCAGGAGGCGGAAAGAAAAAAGCGGGAACUUUGGAGAAUGGAAGAAGAUGAUGCAAGAAAAAAGGCUGGGAAUCCAGCCAAACAAAAUAUGUCCAUCAGUCUAGCCAAACGCCACUCAUCAGGCCAAAAGUGUUCCACCUAG